AUGGCCAAACACACGACACCCGACACUGGUCAGCUGCGGCUCCUGCUGCUGUCGCCGCAGGAAGGGGUGCGCGCCGCGCAGCCGCAGGCCCCGGACUAUCUGAUCACCGCACCCUUGGUCUUCUGCUCUGGAGUGGAGGAAGUCAUCAGCGUGACCGUCUUUAAUGCCCCAAGAGAAGUCACGGUCCAGGCUCAGCUGGUGGCUCGGGGUGAGGCAGUGGCAUGGAACCAGGGAGCCGUCCUGGAUAAAGGGACACUCAAACUCAAGGUGCCCACGGGCCUCCGGGGCCAGGCCCUCCUGAAGGUGUGGGGCCGUGGCCGGCGGGUGGAGGAGGGUCCCCUCUUCCACAACCAGACCUUGGUGACCGUGGACAGCCAGGGCGCCUCGGUGUUCAUCCAGACGGACAAGCCGGUGUAUCGGCCCCAGCACCAAGCGCUCAUCGGUGUCUUCGCAGUCACCCCGGGCCUGAGGCCUGUCAGCGAGAAGCUGGAAGCCUACAUCCUGGACUCCCAGGGCUCGCGGGUGAUGGAGUAGAGACACUUGCAGCCCUUCAGCUGUGGCAUCAUCAACGUGACCUUCCCCUUGUUGGACCAGCCGGUGCUGGGAGAGUGGUUCAUUUUUGUUGAAAUGCGAGGCCCCGUGUACAAUACAGCCUUUGAAGUUCAGAAGUAUGGUAAUGUCGCCACGUUUGAACUCCUCAUUCGCCUGCCCCGCUACACCCGCAACCUGGACGCCUGCGAGACCGGCACAGUGCAGGCCAGCUCCCAGGACUUCGACAUCUGCGUGAAGGACAUGAUCCUGGCCGAUGUCCCCAAGCACUUCCAGGGCACCGUCAGCAUCUGGGCCACAGUGACCAGCAUGGACGGGAGCCAGCAGGCGGGCUUCGACAACUCCACCCCCGUCCAGAGGCAGCUGGUGGGUGUCCGGUACUCUAAGGACACCAGGAAGCAGUUUAAGCUGGGUCUGUCCUAUGUGGGGAAGGUAGAGCUGUCCUACCUGGACGGCAGCCCGGCCGACGGGGUGACGGUCCAGAUCAGAGCAGAGCUGACGCCGAAGGAUAGCAUCUACACCACGGAAUCUGUGUCCCGGGGAGGGCUGGUGGGGUUUGAAAUCCCUUCCAUCCCCACGUCAGCCCAGCAUGUGUGGCUGGAGACCAAGGUGAUGGCAAUCAACAGGAAGCCUGUGGGAGCCCGGUACCUGCCCAGCUACCUCUGUCUCAGCAGCUGGUGCUCCCCAAGCCAGUGUUACCUGCAGCUGCAGCUGCAGCCGCCGUCCCGGCCCCUGCAGGUACGGUCGGGGGGGGAAGCCCAUUUUCCUGUGAAGUCCACGUGUCCCUGCAAUUUCACUCUGUACUACGAGGUGGCUGCAAGGGGCAACAUUGUGUUCUCAGGCCAGCAGCCUGCCCACAUCACCCAGCAGAGAAGCAAGCCGGCGAGCCUGGAGAAACCCAUUUGCUUAAUACACCUUUCCGAGACAGAGCCCCCUCCAGCUCCAGCAGCUGAGGUCAGUGUGUGCAUGACCUCUCUCCGGCUGGCAGUGACCCCCAGCACGGUCCGCCUUGGCCACCUGCUGGUCUUCUAUGUCAGGGAGAAUGGAGAAGGGGUCGCCGACAGCCUCCAGUUCGCUGUUGAGACCAUCUUUGAAAACCAGGUUUCACUGACAUAUUCAGCGAAUGAGACCCGACCCGGGGAGCUUGUUGACCUGCGGGUGAGGGCUGCGAGGGACAGCAGCGUGUGUGUGGCCGUGGCUGAUAAGAGCGUCUACCUGCUCGGCUCUGAGUUUCGGCUGACUCCUGCCCAGAUUUUCCAGGAAUUGGAAAAUUACGAUGUUUCUGACACCUUUGGGGUGUCCAGAGAGGAUGGACCCUUCUGGUGGGCCGGGCUGACGGCCCGACGACGCCAGCGCUCCUCCAUCUUCGCGUGGCCCUGGGGCGUCACCAAGGACUCCGGGUUCCCCUUCACUGAGACGGGACUGGUGGUGAUGACAGACCUGGUGAGCCUGAACCACCGACGGGACAGCAGCCUGUACACUGAUGAUGCUGUCCCUGCCUUCCAGCCCCACACGGGGAGCCUGAUGGCAGCAGCGUCCUCCAGACGGCCUCCCAGGUAACUGCUGCUGCCUCGAGCAGGGUUUCCUGAGAGCUGGUCAUGGCCCACGGGUUGUCUGUCUCUCCGCAGUGACCCGUCCGGUGAGGAGACACUCAGCAUGCAGGUCCCCAACUCCAUCACCAGCUGGGUGGGUGAGGCUGUGGGUCUGUCUGCUGCACGGGGCCUGGGUGUCGCCGAGCCUGCCCUGCUGAAGACCUUCAAGCCCUUCUUCGUAGACUUCACACUGCCCUCCCACGUGGUCCGCGGGGAGCAGGCCCAGAUCCCGCUCAGCGUCUACAGCUACAUGGGCACCUGCGCAGAGGUGUACGUGAAGAUCUCGGUUCCUAAGGGCAUCCAAUUUAUUGGACAUCCUGGCAGACGUCAUCUGACCAAGAAGACAUGCAUGGUCCCUGGGGAGGCCGAGUCUACCUGGGUGGUUCUGUCCUUCAGCGACCUGGGGAUCAGCAACAUCACAGGUGAGGCCCUGGCUUAUGGAGGAACGAGCUGCUGCCGGGAUGGGAGGCCUGUCAGACACCUGGAGGAGAAUCACGCCGACAGGAGUGUCCCCGUCAGGAGGAAUCACAUCAGCCGCAGCGUGAUGGCUGAGGCGGACGGGAGCCCCCGUGCGUACACCUACAGCGCUUUCUUCUGUCCCAAUGAGAGAGUCCACAUCUCCACACCCAACAAAUACGAGUUCCAGUAUGUGCAGCAGCCCCUGCACCUCACCUGUUUUGACGUGGCCGUGCGAGCCCACAAUGACGCCUGCGUGGCCUUGUCCCCUGGGCCUCAGGACACCGCGGGCAUGAUUGAGAUCGUCCUGGGGGGGCACCAGAACACCAGAUCCUGGAUCUCCACCAGCAAGAUGGGUGAGCCCGUGGCCAGCACACACACGGCUAAGAUCCUCUCCUGGGAUGAAUUCAGAGCAUUCUGGGUCAGCUGGCAUGGUGGGCUCAGCCAGGUUGGCCACGGUCCAGAGCCAUCCAAUGAGUCUGUCAUCAUGGCCUGGACCCUCCCCAGGUCACCAGAGGUCCAGUUCCUCGGUUUCUUCACUGGCUGGGGCUCCAUGGGCGAGUUCCGCAUCUGGAGGAAGGUGGAGGCAGAUGAGAGCUACAGCGAGGCCUUCACCCUAGGGGUCCCACACAGCACCAUCCCUGGCUCUGAGCAGAUGGCUGCCUCCAUCAUAGGAGACAUCAUGGGACCAACCCUGAACCACCUCAACAGCCUCCUGUGGCUGCCCUUUGGCUGCGGAGAGCAAAACGUGAUCCACUUUGCACCCAACGUCUUUGUCCUGAAGUAUCUUCAGAAAACCCAGCAGCUCAGCCCCGAGGUGGAGAAGGAGACCACUGAUUACCUGGUACUAGGCUACCAGCGACAGCUGACCUACAGGCACCAGGAUGGCUCCUACAGCGCUUUCGGGGAGCGGGAUGCAUCAGGGAGCAUGUGGCUCACGGCCCUUGUCCUGAAGUCCUUUGCCCAGGCCUGCAGCUUCAUCUUCAUCGACGAGCGGGAGCUGGCGGCCGCCAAGGGCUGGAUGGUCCAGCAGCAGCAGGCGAACGGCCCCCUCCCGGCCGUGGGCAGGGUCCUGAACAAGGACAUCCAGGUGAGCGGUGGGGUCCACGGCACCAUCCCGCUGACCGCCUACGUGGUGGCCGCAUUCCUGGAGACGGGCACUGCCUCGGAGGAGGAGAGGGGCGCCAUCGCCAGGGCGAGGCACUUCCUGGAGUCUGGCGCGGCCCUGGUGGUGGACCCCUACAGCAGUGCCCUGACCGCCUACGUGCUGACCCCGCUCCACAGCCCCGCAGCCCCUGCAGCCCUGCAGAGGCUCCGUAGCCUGGCCAUCACCCGGGAUGGAGUCACCCACUGGAGCCUGACGGGUUCCCGGGAUGUGGACGAGGACGUGUUCCUGAGCUUCAGUGACGGGGUCUCUCAGUCAGUGGUCUCGGCUAAGGUGGAAAUGACAGCCUACGCCUUGCUGACCUACACCUUGUUGGCAGAGAUGGCCACUGCCCUGCCGGUGGUGAAGUGGCUAUCCUAGCAGCGGAAUGCGCUUGGGGGCUUCCCCUCCACUCAGGACACCUGUGUGGCUCUGCAGGCCUUGCCAGAGUAUGCCAUCUUGUCCUACGCUGGUGGCAUCAACCUCACUGUCUCCCUGGCCUCCACCAACCUGGACUACCAGGAGACCCUCGAGCUGCACAGGGCCAACCAGAAGGUCCUGCAGACAGCAGCGAUCCCCAGCCUCCCCACGGGGCUGUUCGUGAGUGUCAGGGGUGAAGGCUGCUGCCUGAUGCAGAUUGACGUCACCUACAACGUGCGGGACCCAGUGGCCAAGCCGGCCUUCCAGCUCCUCGUGAGCCUCCAGGAGCCAGAGGCCGAGCUGCACCAGCCCCCCAGGCCUGCCUCCUCCGCAGAUGAUGACGACCCGGAGGCUGACCAGCAUCAUCAGGAGUACCAGGUGACCCUGGAGGUGUGCACCAGGUGGCUGCACGCAGGGUCCUCCAACAUGGCUGUCCUGGAGGUGCCCCUGCUCUCGGGCUUCCGGGCGGAUGGCGAGAGCCUGGAGCAGCUGCUCCUUGACAAACACAUGGCACUGAAGAGGUACAAGGUGGCCGGACGCAAAGUGCUCCUCUACUUUGAUGAGAUCCCCGGUCGGUGCCUGAUAUGCGUGCGGUUCCGGGCGCUCCGCGAGCACGUCGUGGGCAGGACGUCCGCGCUGCCGGUCUCCGUGUACGACUACUACGAGCGUGCCUUCGAGGCCACGCGCUUCUACAGCGUCAGCGCGCUCAGCCCGCUCGCCCGAGAGCUGUGCGCGGGGCCCGCGUGGAACGAGGUGGCGCGCGCCCCGGCCCAGGGCCCCGGCUGGUCCCCCGGCGAGCGGGGUCCCGCAGCCCUCCCGGAGGAGGCCAGGAUCCCGCACUGCGGCUGCGCCCGUGACUGUGACACCUGCGGGGAUCCGGUGUGCGGCUCCGACGGCGUAGUCUACGCCAGCACCUGCCACCUGCAGGAGGCCGCCUGCCGCCGAUGCGCACGGUUAGAGCCCGCGGCCCCCCAGCCGCUGCGCGCCUGGUGA